AUGAAGCUGAGUGCCACUGACGCCCUUCAGAACCUCACCUCCAGGAACAUCUCGGACUACCUGGUCAAAACCUACGCCCAGAUCAUCGGAAAGAGGAGUACCUGCGGCGCUGCCCUCUCGCAGACUGGCCUGUGGGGUGCUCGGUGGUGGAUGACGGGCUCAUGUGAGAGUCCUGCUCUUGUUGGGGUGAGCUCGGACUACAGCGUGGAGUCGUGUUCAGCCUACGGAGCAACGCCACCAUCGAGAGGCAGGGACCAGAGGCAGGUCAGCUCCCGAGCUCAACUGCAUGGACUGUCUGUGGGACUGGGGGUUGGGAUCUGA